AUGGUCGGACCCAGAGAGGUUGUGGCCCACUCGGGGCCUGACCCACGGGACCCAUUCCUGAGGCUGGCCUCGGCACUCCCUGAACGGGAUGGAAGUGGGGUUCGGCCUGAGGACUCAGAGAGGGUGGGACUUUGUGGCAGCGCACUGGCGGGGCCUCAGCCGCGUUCCAACCGAGCUAGACGGGACUGCCCUCUAGUGGGGAGUGCUCGGCUAGUCGCGAGUCCAGCGGCGACACGCGACCAUCGGCAUUCCCUCUGCCGGUACCAGGUCAUCCUGGUGCUGCUCAGGCUCCUCGUGUUCCUCUUUGCUCUGGUGGUCUCUGACCUCUGCAGGUUUAUAAAUGUCUCUGAGAACCAGGGCCCUGGCACAAUCCUUCAGUUUUUCUCCUUCAACUGCUCCUCCUACACGCCCACACCCACCCUGGAGUUGCUCAAUGUCCAGCCACCCACCACCUUCUUCAACCCACCCAGCUUGGCCAGGUGGCAAGGGACCUAUGUGGGCAAGGUAAGUUAACCCUUGAGCAGCUCUGCUCGGUUGGAUGCCCUUAUGGUGAACCACUACAAGCUGCAGCUGAAGUUCACAUGUGGCAACCAUGUGACGGAGGGAUCACUCUCUGUGAAUGUGCAUUGGGACCUUAGCCAUAUCCAGUGUGCUGGUCAAUUUGCCAGCCCAGCUGCGGAAAUGAUUCAGGUGCCAGAGACAGUCACACCUGGGGCUCGGCUGUACGCUCUGCUCCUCCCAGACUUAGAACUCCACAGAGCCCAAUUGAGCAUUAUCAGUGCCCAGGACCUGCCACACUUCCCUGUACCUUUCUCCAUCAAUGAGCAAGGUUGGCUGCAGGCACCAUCCCAGGGCCUCCUAGGCCAGGCUCGAAAGGUGAGCAUGACCUGGAAUCUGGGGGUGUCCAUGGAUUGGGUAGAGCUCCUACCUUUUAGAAAUUUGUUUAUUCUUGGCCUCCUUGGCCUCCUCAACUUACCUUUUCACCUUCCUGUUUGGGGGCCUGGUCUUGGAGAAGGCAGCAAGAGGGCCAGGCUCAGCGGCCUCCUUUGCCUAUGGAUCUGGUGGGCUGGUGGGAGUGGGACUGAGCUGGGAGCGGGGCUGAUCUCUGUGUUCCCUGACCCUCUCACCCCAUGCAGCAGACAAUGUGGUCCAGACCACGAUGCCCUGGAGUUAGCUCACACCCCAGGCACUUCGGUUUCCAGGCUGCAGGUGAAGGCCUUUGAGCAGCACCAGCUGUGGGCCAGUGCCAAGCUCAAGCUCACCAUGAAUGUGCGGCUGGUCAACCUCUGACCUCCACGCUGCCUCCCAGUGCUUCUGGUGUUCCAAAUCCCCGAGACUGCACCUGUGGGCGCCAUGCUGAAUAUUCUCACUUGUGAAGAUCUGGACUCUGUUGAUGCCACCCUGGACUACAAGCUCUGGUUCCACAGCUCUUCCAACCCUGCCAGCCUCUGCCUUUAUGACAGAGUCCUUGAGGUGAAUGCCACACUGGACUGUGACACUCCUGGAACCUGCUUCCAGCAUGCAGCCUCCAUCCUGGUGCUCGAUUGUGGCCAGCCCCAGAUGACCACUGAAGUGCCGGUACUGGUGAUGGUGACACCCAUCAACGAGUUCUCCCCAGCCUGUGCCCCUCGCACAUUCCAGGUUCAGGAGGAUGCAGUGCCCCACACUCUGCUGGGCUUUGUGGUGGGCAUGGAUAUGGAUUAUCCUCAUGACAACAUUGAGUACUACACCUCUGAUGGUCCUACCACCUUUGCUGUGGACAAUCUCAGUGGGGAAGUUUACCUUCUGGGACCUUUGGACUAUGAGCAGCAGAGGCUGUACAGGCUCACUGUCCUGCUGAUUGACCAUGGCCAAGAACAGAACCCCAACUAUCACCGCUCAGGCUCCUGUACCAUUACCAUCAAGGUUGAGGAUGUGAAUGACCAUGCCCCCGAAUGUGAGCCCCCAUUUCAGGAACUCACCAUGUAUGCUCCUCUGGGCUGUAGUGUGGAGGUGACCAGAGUGUCAUGCCGGAUCCCUCAGGAGCCACAGCACCUGACCUAUUCCUAUAGCAUCGUGGGAGGGAAUAGCCAGAACUGAUUCAUCCUGCAAGAGGCCAUCCUGGUACACAGUGACCUUGUGUUGGGGCCCUUCUGGCCACAGCAGCCCUGUACCUAUGAGCUACUGAUCUGUGUGGCUGAUGCAGGCCGCUCCACCCCUGACCUCAGCACCACAGCCACCAUUAUUGUGCAUCUAGUUCACCGGAGGGCCAGCACAGUGGCCACCAGCACCCACAGAACCACAGUGCCCUCAAUGAUGACACCCAUGCUUGUGACAGACACAGAGACUUUCUGGCAACCACAGCCCUGAUUUGUGGUGGUGUUGACAGCAACUGGUGCUCUUCUCCUCUUGGCCCGAGACUGGCUUCUUGGCAGGCUCCUCCAGGGGUUGGCCCGGCUGCUGCAGGCACCCAGCAAACCAGCCCAGGUUUUGCUGCUAAACAGCAUCCAGGGAACUGAGGGAUACAUCGAGGGUUUCAUGGAGGCACCGAAGAUGGAGAUGUCCCAGGCACCCAGCAGCAUCAUGAGUCUGCAUUUUGAUGGUAGAGCACAGGACUCCCGUUUUAAGUACAGGAAGAGACUACCUGUUUAACACACGCACAGGAGCCUGGCGCUGGUUCUGAGGCCAAGUAGCUGCUUUACCAUGUGUGGAAUUUCUUUUUCACACCAUCAUGGGCUGUGUUUUC